AUGAAAAAAUACCAUCCUGGUCCUCAUUGUUGUUUACACUCUGCCGGCUGUGCUUUUGCGGCGCCAGCGUCUUCGUCUGCGUCGGAGUCGUCGGAGUCGGAGCCGUCCGCGUCGUCAGACUCCUCUUCUUCAGAGUCCUCCUCGUCGUCGUCAAACUCCUCCUCUUCUCCCUCGUCGUAUUCGUACUCCAGAGCGUAUCCGGUGAACCAGUCGAUCGCUCUUGGAAUCAGCUUGUCUUUGAACAGCUCGCCGAUCUCGUAG